AUGGCUUUCGGUACCCCCAAACUUAUUGAUGUCAAAUACGAUGCGGAAACCGUCCAGGACAUGCUCUCACUGCUCAAGGCUGCGCCAUUUCCCGAAAGAGCGCCAAUCGACGCAGAUACUCCUUGGAAGCUCGGCAUUGAAUACGAUUAUCUCAAGAAACUCAGAGAGACUUUCUUGACGCAAUGGAGCUGGAAAUCGCUUGAAAGGAGAACCGCGAAAUUUGAUAAUUACUUGGUUCAUUAUGAGAACGAGGGCGACGUUCUGGACUUGCACUUUGUACACGCAAAGAGCUCUAGGCCUGACGCGAUCCCUCUUAUACUUCUGCAUGGUUGGCCAGGAACUUUCUUCGAUUUCCACAAGGUCAUUGAGCCAUUGACUAGUCCACCGAGUUCUGGCCUUCCAGCAUUUCACGUAGUGGUACCAUCGCUACCUGGGUACUUCCUUUCGACACUCCCAAGGCGUGACGGAUGGAGCCUCGCGGAUACCGCUCGGGUCUUUGAUGACCUCAUGACUUCCGUCCUCGGAUACACGAAAUAUGUUGGACAAGACUCAGUCUCCCUUAUGCACUUCAACAUGUUCAGAACAUCACCUAUGCCAAACAGGAAGCCAUCCACCUUCUCUGAAGUGGAGAAGCGCCUUGUGGCACGAAGAGACGAGUUUGCGACCACUGGUAGAGGAUACAAACAACUUCAAGUUCAAGCUACCAAAGUGAAAACACUAUCCCACUUCAUACUCCUUUGCUUUUUUGAAGCGCAAUCCUAUGUUUUGCCAUUCACAAUCGGUAUAGCUAUCGCGUCAUCACCACUCGCACUCCUUGCAUAUAUAGGCGAGAAGAUGUAUGGAUGGUCCGAUCCUGAAAGACUCGACAUUCAAGACGUUCUGGAUACAGUUGCUCUCUACUUCUUGAGCAACUGCUUCCCGAGCUCUGUGAUCAUUUACAAUCAGGCCAAGGAGCAUGAUGAGCUCGUCGCAGAAGCCAAAGGAAACAAGUGGCUUCUCAAGAACAAGUUCGGUUUCUCUGCCUUCCCAUACGAGAUAAGUGCAUCUCCAAGAUGUGAUAUGGGGUUGUACGGCCCAUUGCAUGCAAAUGGCGGGCAUUUCCCUGCUCUCGAUAGUCCCAUUGAGUUUGUGGACGAUAUGAGAGAGUUUGUCGGAGAGCAUUGGAUGCGAACAUGA